AUGCCCGUUAUGCUGAUCCAGCACCACUUAUUGGCCGCUGACGUAUUCGAGUGCUUUACCGUUCGGAUGACGGUAUCCCAUUCACCGGCACACCGGGCAAUGCGCUACUACCGUAUCUGGAUAUACACGUGCAACACCGUGCUCAUGGUGUGCGUCGUGUGCUUCGUGGUGAUCGCCUACCAGCUGGUGGUGGCCGACCAGCGGCGGCACCUGGUGCCGGGCCUGGACCUGUGCCAUCCCAGUCUGCUGUACGUGUACGCCGCGCUGUUCGUCCAGUGCACCGUGCUGCAGAUCGUCGGCUUCCUGGGCGCCCGGUCCCUCAGCGAGCGGCUGCUCAACGUCUACUGGCUGCUGCUGCUCGGCCUCCUGGUCGGCGACGCCGUGCUGGGCGUCUACUGGGUGUACAGGUACGACAAGAUGGUGGCCCGGCUGAAACCGGCGCUCCGGGACCGGCUGGCCGUCGACUACGGCCGAGACAAGCGGUUCACGGACGUAUGGGACGACCUGCAGCGCGACCACGAGUGUUGCGGCGUCAACGGGCCGCCGGACUUUUUCAACGUCACCGUGAAAGUGGGCGUUGAACACUUUGUCGAUUACACGACAGUUCUCCCGGAUAGCUGCUGCUACCAUAAGCCAGAGGCAGUGGCGUCACCAUUCCGAAGGGACUACUGGCAGCCACAGACAACAACCACUGCUGUAUGGACCACGGUCCAGGCGGAAGAGCACGACAAUAUGGAAGAGAUGCCCAUCAAGUGUCGGCACAAUUCAUACCGGUACUACUAUCCCGGAUGCGAACGGGCGCUGAUGGCGUGGAUACGAAGAAGUGCCGACGUCCUGUUCGUCCUCGGUUACUGUGUCAUAUCAUUUUUGAAACUGUGCUUUCUAGGCAUUCUCAGGUAUGAAAUUCGAGAAAUGAUCCAAAAAAUAAAAAUACUUCAUGGAGAUACAGCGCGACUAGAAUUAGUCAAUGUACCCCAACAACCUACAGGGAAGUUGUUACAAAAAGUUGAACAUAAUGGUAGCGUAGUACGUGUAUCUACUCCUAUCAGACAAGACAGUCAGAUAGAAGGAAGUUUAGAUGCAGUGAAACCACUUUUAAAAGGUCGUUCAAUAGAAGCGACAUUCAGGGUAAAGUCCUCGAACACGGACGGCAAUGAAUCAGACACUAAUAGCCACAGUGCGUUAUUAUUGUGUGAUGACAAACGAUUGACAGGCUCAUCUAGUAAGAGUAACUACGAACUUCACGAGUUAAAAGAUGUAAACCGACUACUAACCACCAGACAUAAGAAUCAAAUAUGA